CUCCUUCUCCCUGCAGCAGCGGCAAAAUGUCUGUGUUCUUCCAUUCCAGUGGGUCUGAUAUCAACAUCGAGGUUGGUGAGUAUCAGGAAUUCCCUAAACCUGAACCUAAGGAUGCUGCUGCUGCUGAGAGGACUCCAAACCCAAAAUUGAGACAUCUGAGUGCGGUUGUGCUGAGCUUCGGACUGCUGUGUGUUCUUCAAGGGAUUCUCAACAUCUCUCUGAGACUUGCUCUGAAUGAGCCCACUGAUGGAGGUGAGACAGAGGAAGAGAGCUGUCCACAGGGCUGGAUGAUGUUUGGCUCCAGCUGCUACUACAUUUCCUCACAGAGGAGAAGCUGGGACGACAGCCGGCAGGACUGUGUGCAGAGAGACGCUGACCUGGUCAUCAUCGACAGCAGAGAGGAACAGGCCUUCCUCACUGGAUUCACUAUGGCAACAUGGGUUGGCAUGACUGACAGGGAAGAGGAAGGAACUUGGGUGUGGGUGGAUGGAACACCAGUGAACAAAGACGGGUUGCAGUGGGCCCUUGGGCAGCCUGACAGUGCAUUUGGAGGAGAAGACUGUGGUGACCUUCGUACAAUGAUUGAUUUCAUUGGCUUGAAUGACUUCAACUGUAGUGCCAGAAACCAGUGGAUCUGCGAGAAAACCUUAUGGCCCUUGACUUCCUGGUGUUUCCCGCGUGUCUGAUUGUCUGCCCCGCCCUGAUUGUCUCCACCUGUUCCUUGUUAUCUCGUGUAUAUAAUGUCUGCGUCUCCCUUGUCUUGUGCCAACCCUGUGUUACACGUCAGUCCAGCGUUUGUCCUCAUGAAUCUCCAUUAUAGUAAAAGAGUCUUGUUUUUGGUUUUGUCUCCUGAGAAUAUCCUUAGCGCUUUUUGUUGUACUUUAGUAUUUCUUUUGUACUUUGCAUUUUUGACACCUUUUGUUCUAUUUAGUAUU